AUGUACCUCCGCAGACAAAGAAUACAGUCAAGAAAAACCUCCUUGAACGCUAUAAUCAAUAGUGAAAAGUGGCGGGUUUACUCUAAAAGAAGCACCCACAUAGAUAGUGAUUUACCAGAAGACUCGACAACCGACGAGGAUGAACCGAGGAACAAUAAUCUAAAAAGCUUGACGGAAGAAAUUUUCGGUCGAAAAAGCAUAUCUGCUGACCAAAUCGACCAAGACAUAGAAGUACAUCUCUCGAGAAAACAGACACUCAUUUUAGCUACCAUGGUUCCUGAUGAAAUCCUUCUGUUAGAAAAAUUUGACGAAAAAGCAGAGCCAAAAAGAUUCGUGGGUGUUCUUUUAAUGGCAGACGUUUCUGGAUAUACAGCACUAUCCGAACGCUAUUCUAAUACUGGCAGAGGUGGUACAUACCGUCUGACUGUAACAUUGAAUACAUAUUUAGGUUCGCUCAUUGAAGUGAUCUAUACUCAUGGAGGCGACGUCAUAAAAUUUGCUGGCGACGCAUUUCUUGCACUUUGGAAGACAGAUAACCGCACCUACCUUAAUCACACAAUACACACAGCUAUAACGUGUGCCUUAAUAAUCCAGCAUUCUUUUGGAGCCUAUGAAACUGAUGUGAAAGUCAACCUUAAAGUAAAAUUAGCAAUUUCAGCUGGAAACCUAAUGUUUGUUCCUAUUGGAAAAGGUAUUGAUAUGAAUUACAUUAUAUUUGGUUUACCAGUACUUGAAGCAAAAACAGCUGAAAGCCUUUGCGUUUCUGGAGAAGUAAAAUUAACACCAACGGCUUGGGGCCACUGUUAUUCUAGAAAUUAUGAUCAUGUUGUUCACGAUGAUGGUCAUGUCACAAUUAAAUCUAUUCUUUAUGACCCUCGGGAAAAAGAUGUAACUAAACCAUUUUUAGGCUUCGGUAAUAUGAUAAGACAAAUAAAAAAGCCUUUUAUCGGUAUCGAAAACCUACCAGAAGAAAUUCUACAAACUACUAAAACAAAAAAUUACAUGGAAACACUAAAAACCAAUGAUGCACUGAAUCUUCGCAAAACAAUAUUGAUAGCUGAAGAAAGAAAUAUUGGUUCAGAAUUACGAAAGUUUAUGAUCAGACCAGUCCUAACCCAAAUUGAUGCUCAUCAGCCAUUGGAAUAUUUGACUGAAAUGCGACAAGUUUCCGUAUUAUUUAUAACAAUGAAACCUCGAAAAUGUCCCUUUCCAAGACUUUUAACUAUAGUAAACAAUUCCUACCAAAUUACUUGCGAAAUUGUUUAUAAAUCAAUGGGGUGUGUCAACAAAAUAAUUCUUUUUGAUAAGGACAUUAUGAUUCUAGUUAUAUUUGGCCUUCGUGGUUUUAAACACGAGUCUGAAGCUCAAGCAGCUUUGAAAUGUGCUUAUGGAAUAAAAAAAUCAUUAUCAGCUCUAGAUGGAGUACUUGAAGUUUCAAUCGGCGUAACAACUGGGCAAGUAUACUGUGGUGUAAUAGGUCACCCACUUCGUCGAGAGUUUACUGUUAUCGGAGCUGUUGUAAAUAAAGCCGCUAGGUUUAUGUGUUACUUCCGUAAUAAAAUAACUUGCGACGAGGCAACUUUCAUUAAAAGUAAAAUGUCUAACAAUGGUUUCACUCUCCAACCAAACGUUAAAUUGAAGGGUAUAAUUCACCCUGGGAAAAUUUAUGAAUACACGGAAGAAAUAAGAGUUAAAGAAUUAUAUAACAUACCGGUAAUACCGCCGCUUUUAGAUCGAAUAGAUGAAAUUGAAUAUUUUAAAAAUUGGAUAGAUGAGUGUCAUUUACCAUUCAGAAACUUUGACGCACUUUUAUUGAUAGGCGAAUUUCGCGCUGGAAAAUCUAGAAUUCUAGAGUGGUUGAUUCGAUAUGUCAAAAAUAAGGGGCUACGCACUUGUUAUCUUAGCCUUUCGUCUAUUCAUUCGGCAACACCGUAUUUAGCGUUAGGUCAAAUAAUUGAUCAAAUGUUAGGAUUAAAAGAACCUAUUACUGGAUUUUCAAAAGAAGAAAAGAUUGUAGAGUUACUAAAUUCCCACAGUACAGACCUAUGUUAUUUAAACAAUACUAUUAAAGUGCGUUUUGCUUACCAAGAAGGAAUUUACGCACAAGAUGAAAACAUACGGAAUCAAAAAACCAAAACCAUAUUUAAGAAGUUAAUUAUGGCUUUUCCUGAACCUCAAGUCAUAUUUUUAGAUGACCUUCAAAACUUAGAUAUUCCUUCCUGGGAAUUUUUAUCCAUCAUGUUAAAUGCACCUAAAAUAUAUACUGUAUUUACAAUAACACGUGGAAAAAUUAACAGUGUACAUAGUUGGCUCUAUAGUGUAUUUAUCAACAACGGUAUAAGAAAAAUUGUUCUAGGUGCACUGCCUUCAAAAUGGAUACCUCCGUUAGCCUGUCAAAUUCUUGAUGUUGAGGCAGUUCCUUACGAUUUAUGUGAAACACUAAAAACGAAAUGUAAAGGACUACCAGGUGUAGUAGAAAGUUUUAUCGUACACUUAUUUUCAAACGGGGCCUUAGAAAUAAAAAAAAUUCCGAGGUUUGAGUUAAUAAAUUUUAAAAAUGAAGAUCUUCAAUUUCCUGAUCCUUGUUUAUUACGUCCACAAGCUGUAAAUCUAGAAGAUCAACAAAAUCUUGAUCAACUCAUAAAUGAAAGUUUAACGGAUGAAAUAGCAAUUUGUAUCGUCACAAAGAAAGAGGAAUUGAAUACCGAUAUCAACGUACAAAAUCUUGACGCUAUAAUAAUGAUCCAAAUUGAUUCUUUGACACCCUAUCAACAAUUAUUAUUAAAGAUUGCCUCAGUAAUAGGUGAUAUACUAUCACGAAAUCUGUUGGAAAAUAUAAUGUAUGAGAACAAUCCACUAACAACAGCUAAAGCAAUAAAAAGAUUAUUUGCUAUGCGCAUUCUGAUAUGUGCAAAUGUUAGAAACCGUUUUAGCCAAAGAACAGCUGCGAAUGUCGCAUCAUCCACAAGUUUUUCUACCGUUGCAAAUCUAACAUGCGAAUGUUCCUUUGAUUAUGAUCCAGAAGAAAAUGAAAACCUCCCUAAAUAUGCAUUUUUAAACUAUCUAGAACAAACUAAACAAAAAUGUCCUAGUUGUGGAGGCACUAUUAUGAUAGUACAGUCGAUUACGAACAUUCCAGUGCGGUCGUAUGAAAUUCAAAGAUUCACCGAUAAGAAUCAAAAUGCUAAAGAUGAUGAUCGAAAUUUAUCUGAACUAGAAGAAGAAUUAGAAGUGGCAAGUAUAGACAUCAUCCAAAAUUCAUCUGCUAUAAAAAACGAUGCCUUUAUAAAUGUAAGACGGGCAAAAUCAGUAUCCUUAAAUAAAGAAAAAUUUGAACUUAAAACGACCAUAAGCGAAAUCAAUACAAGUUUAAAGCAUCAUGAAAAAAAUAACUCUCAACUUUCAACUUCAAUGAAACCUAAAAAUACAGAUAAAUUUAUCAGAGAUUCUAAGUCGACUAAAAGAGUAACGUUGUUAAGUUUUUGUGAAGAAACUAACAAACUUUCUGAUGAUAAAAAAUUAAAUUUUUUUGAUAUGUUACGUUCAGUUACCGAAGCUAACACUAUGAAUGAUUGGCAUCGUUUGGGAGUUAUUGACAGCAUUGAUAAUAUUGAUGAAAAUAGUAAAAGAUUUUUUAACCUUAAAAUAGAAAAAGGAGUUUCAAAAACAAAUUUUGAAAAAUGUUCUUGCAUGGAAUUAAAUAUCACUAUUAAUGAACAACUUAUUAGCCAUGCCAGAGAAGCAGAUUUAAAAGUUAAAGUAGUUGAAUUUCUUUUAAAAUAUAGUUAUAUAAAUUUGUUGGCCAAUAAUUUCGAUUGUGUCUUUUCGAAACUAGAAGAAGCAGAAGAGAUUUGUUCUGAAAAACAGGUGCUAUGUUUGUCUAAUUUCGAAAAACGUAGGUUUUUGGGAAGAAUAUAUUCACUAAGAGCAGCUGCUUUAUUAAUGAGUGGAAAAUUAUCAGCUGCAAAAAUACAUAUAGAGCGUGCAAUCAAGGUGUACGGUUUCAGUCUUGAUAAAGUUUCAGAGUUUUUCGAUAUGAGAAAUUUUACAUUAAAGCGUGGAAAAUAUUUUAAGCACUACAUAAUUAUGAAAUCAGAUUCGAUAUUUUGUCUUAAUAUCACAACUUUAUUAUUUUCUGCUUUAGGAGAUGAAAAGGUUUCAAGGAUAUCCGCACUCCGUGCUUUAAAUUUAACACAGAAAGUAGAGUGUAACGUCGUAGAUUUAUGCAAUGCGUUCAGUAAUGCUAUACAAGUAGAACUAGUUCGUGGAAAUGCCGAAAUUACAGAUGAAAUAGAACAAAUGGCAGUUCUUAAAUUCAGAAAAUUAUUACGACCCAUACAAGCAGAGGAGAUGUUUGCGAUUGGGAAAUUUUUCAUGUCAUCCUUUCGUGCUAGAAUAGCACGCGGUAAACUUGCUGCCUCGAUUCGUUCGGGUUUUAGAGCUCUUGUCAUUAGUCGUUUUCUCAAUGCUUACGAUAUUUCAAUUGACAUUAUACCUGAUCUUUUUUACAUUUUAUUAUCUAGACGUCGGAUUAUGGAGGCUAUUAACGUUCUUAAGUUAUCAUUACAAUUAAGCUACAAACAAUCAGCAACAGAGGGUGAAACGUGGUAUUAUGCCCUUUGCAUGGAUCUUAUACUGGACGCAGGUUUUCAGUUGGAGUCACCCAGUGAGAUAAGUCAAUUUGCAGAACUUGCGUUAAGAAAAGGCGUAACAGCAGGCCCAAGCAGGCGAAGACUAAUUAUUGGUCUAUGGACAUAUUGGCAGCGUGCAGAUGUCGAUCGUCAAGCAAAGCUAUUUGAGUCAGAGGCAUUAAGUUGGACAGCUUACGAAGAAGAUGAUGGUUCUUUGACCAAUAUCUUAAGUGCACUGAGAUUAGCUGAAGGAAUGCUAGAAAGCUUAGCCAGGAAAAUGGAUGACCUCCGGAAGGUGGUUGACUUGAUGGAGCUUCGAUCAAUAGCUGACAGGGAAUUAAAUAGACUGGAAAAAGACGCUCGUCUUUUGCGAAUAAUUUAUCCAAGGUGGAUGUUAUUAAAAGCAAACUGUCUUCUAUUAUCAGGCCGGCAAAAUCCAGCAAUAAACUUAUCUAACCACGCUACAGAAGAAGCACGACGAAUACAUAGUCACUUAGAAGAAUCACUAGUACGUGCUUCCUUAUCUAACUCGCGCUUUUGGAUUCAAAGUGCACGAGCUGGAAAUUUUAUGAAAUGGCAAGACGGUUGUGAACAUGCACAGGUGGCCUGGUAUCAAAUAAUGUACAAAAUAACUACAAAACGAUAA